AUGCAAAGUGCUAAUGCGCGGCAGCUGAGGGCGGCCGGAAAUGCAUCGGUGGACACCGUUUUUGUCAACACCUACGCCGAAGGCAUCGAAAAGGUUAGGAAAAGCAAGGGCAAAUACGCCUUCUUGCUAGAAGAGACUACGAAUGAAUACGAAAAUACAAGGAAACCCUGCAAUACGAUGAAAGUUGGUCAUAAUCUAAACACACUGGGAUAUGGUAUAGCUACUAAAAUUGGAAGUCCACUGAGAGGUUCUAUCAAUUUGGCAAUUCUUUAUCUGCAAGAGAAGGGCGAAUUAAAGGGGCUGGAAAACAAAUGGUGGUACGAUCGCGGGCAAUGUGAUCUGGGAGGAUCGGACAGCGGCGAUUCGCGUUCAUUGAAUUUAUCCAAGGUCGCCGGAAUUUUCUACAUUCUAAGCGCGGGGAUGGCUUUGGCGUUAUGCACUGCAGCUUGUGAAAUAUUGUUUCGGCAAAGAAAGGAAACAACGACCAAGAAAAAGAUAUGUCGGUGCGAAGCGCCACUUCAUUUCAGCACGACACACUUCUCGAAGAUGGGCUUGAUGGAGCUUUUCUACAAGAUGAUACACCACAAAUCGAAGCACAUCCCCUACUAUUACAAUGCCGAACAUCCUUUUGACACCUUCUUUGAAGAUCGAGAAGCUUUUAUUUUUGGAAUCUCGAAAUACCACGAAGAGGCCACACGUCAUUCUCAGUUGAAUCGGUAUAUCGAAGAAGGAAUGGCAUAUGCUUCUUUGUUAUACACAUGGAGAUGUAUGACCCGCACAGCUCCAACGGCUCAAUCAAAUGACCAGCCAAACCGGGUAGAAAUGAAUACAACUAUUAUCGAAGUGAUGUCACCGGAAAUUCAUAAGCUCUACACAUUUCGGGCAUUUGCGUUAGAAGCUGCUGCAAGGCUUGCCGAAGAAGUAAAACAUCUUUGCCAUAGCGAAAAGAAGAAGGAUUUCGUUUCUGAAACCUAUCUUUUGACGUUGGCUCGCUUUAUGGAUAUGCUGUUUGUGCUUGAUGAGCUGAAAAAGAUGAAGGCAUCUAUUAAAAACGAUGUCUCUACAUUUAAACGGGCCACACAAUGCGUUCAAGAAACUUUUCGCGAGCUGCAUGAUCUGAUCAUGUUUUUGGCUGACUUCAAUAAAAUCAAGGACAUUUUGAUUGAAGAGAUCAUCAAGGUCGAAUCAUAUGAGGAUUUAAUGUGUGAUAUCUGCAAUAUUUGCAUCAAGAAACUAGAGACCAGGCAAUAUGUGAGCCCGUCGGAAAAGUAUAUUUACAUUCGAGCUAUCCUACUAGCUGUUUAUGUGAUCGAAGCCGGGCGAGAUCCGAGCCGUCCAUUAGCACAAGAUUUGGCAAAGCUGGAUCACAAAAAGCGGAUCUCGAUUGCAAAGCUUGACAAAGUGUUCCGGGCAAGCCCCGUGAUUGUGCUUUAUGGUGAUUGUCAAGUGGAGCCAUUCGGAAUCAUAGAAAAAUUGCCGAGUUAUGAUGCGGGCAAGUGGCCCAGAUCCAGCAAGAAAGCUCUAAAAUCACGGAAUCACAUUUCGCGACGCUACAGAACAUUUAAGGCCGAGAGCACCAUCUUCUUCCGCCGCUUCGCUAUUUUGAGAAACGCGUUUGCUCUCGGAUGCCGAGAACCAACACACGCUGAGAAGCAUAAAUUGACUGCGACCGCCACCAGAGGCCUUCAAUUAUUAUGCAGCUGGACCUCUGCCGUCCAAGAAUUUAUUUCUUGGAAGCUUUGGUAUCCCAUCAAAGCCGUCGAUAACCCGGAAUGCCCAGAAACGGCGGAAACAUACGAAAGGGCGACACGUUACAACUAUACGAAUGCUGAAAAGGAAGCUCUUAUUAAGAUUAUUGCACUGAUUAAAGAGAUGCAAGGGUUAUUGGCGCGCCAGGAGCCCAUCUUCUCGGAGGCUGUGCGGAGCUGUGUCUACAACCAAAUACAGGAAUUAAUUCAAGCCACACUGACGGAGCCGCUGCAGAAAGCUUUGAAAAACAAAAAGGACCUGUUGGCCAACGUAAUUCAAUCGAUUCGUGAUUGUUGCCUGGAUACGAUCUCGCUUCGUGAAAACUCCUUCAAUUUGUCAAAGGAUAAAAAGAAAAGCAAAUCGAAGACAAACUUGAGCUGCCCAAGCAGUGAAGCCUAUGAUACAAAUCGGGCCGUUGUACCUGAACCCGGAACUACACAGAUUUAUCUACUCCGCACUCUAUUGGAGGCGCUGAUCUCUGAUCGAAGCGCUGGCGGCAAGAAAAGUCUGCGAAAAGAUUUAGAUCAAGCGACCAUCGACAAGAUUGAACAUCUUCUGCGGAAAUCUGCCAAUUGGAGCGCUCUUCUUUCAUUCGAAGACUCGCUCCUGAAAACCUGCGAUUUUUCGUCGCUAUGGUUUCGAGAAUUUUACUUGGAAAUGGCCAAUGGAGCACGUGUUCAGUUUCCAAUCGAAAUGUCAAUGCCUUGGAUUUUGACUGACUAUAUUCUAACAUCAGGAAAUGCUUCACUUUUGGACUGUGCGCUAUUCCAGCUUGGUCUCUACAACGAUUCCGCUCAAUGCUGCCUCUUUACACAUGGAAAGCAAUUCUUAUAUGAUGAGGUUGAGGCGGAAUUCAAUCUUUGCUUUGACCAAUUCAUCUUCAAGCUCUCAGACGCAAUUUAUGUGCACCAUAAACAAUUGGCAGCUUGUAUGAUCUUGGAUAAAUGCUUCAAAGCGGAAUGCCAACGGGCUGGUGUAACAAUUCGCACUCCACCUGCCUGCCGGUUUGAUACAAUUUUGAAGCAACGUCAUGUACAGCUCCUUGGGAGGACUGUCGACCUGAACCGCUUGAUAUCACAGAGGAUCAACAUCGCCUUCCUCAAAUCGCUGGAUACUGCCAUUUGCAAGUUCGAGAGUGAACCGCUGUCUAGUGUCAUCGAGCUGGAUACCUUGAUUCAAGUGAACCGGAUGUGCCAUCGAAUGUUAAGCCAAAGCCUGCACUCACUCGCCCCAUUUGAUGAUCUAUUUUUAGAAGCAAACGAUAAUGUCUUGUCAUCAACUCCGUUUGGCCGAAUUUCCCUACAUUGUCUGCAGGAAAUCAAGAAUGAUUUGCUGUCCAACUACUACUAUAAUUCGACGACCCAUCGAUUUGUCAAAACCGACUUGCCGACCCCAGCGCCAAUCCGUGACAAAGGGCCGGGUGUUCCGGGCCAUUUGCAUUGGGGUAGCAAAAGUCUGGCCGCUUCCUUCAACAACAUUUUCCACUCGUUUUCCGACUUUAUUGGAGCUCCCCAUUUGAGGGCAAUCUCUAGACUCGUAAGUUUCUUGAAACUCUCGAAUGAGAUCCUGAACGAUACAUUGGUCGGCCUGCUCGAGCGGAUGCGAAGCUUUGUACCAAAAGUAUGCAAACUGCCAAGAAAGGAUUAUGGUAGUAAAGCAAUCUUCCAAUAUUAUCUUCAUCAUUUAAUGCCCGUUCAGAAGCAAGCGAAGCUGCAGAAAAGCAUAUACCAUGAACUCGCUCGCCUUGGGAAUAUGGUAGCUUUUGCACUUCAAAUUGAAUUGGCAAAUAAUCAUGCGGAGACCAUGGAGCUAAUCGCAGCGGCUGCAUUUACAAUGGAUAUCCCAAAGCCACCGGCAAAAAGUGUUGCUGAACAAAACGCCAUGAUCAAUCGGUUAGAGCAGAAAUAUGAGCGUCUCCGUUUGACCAGAAAUGGGGAGCGCUUCGCCAGUUCGUUGCAUGGCACAAAUGUUGAGAAAAAUAUCGCAAUGGCGACGGAGUGUGAGACAUUGUCACGGGAAAAGCUUUGUUGUGGCCUCAGCUUCUUUACAACAUUCUUAAAAGAAUUGCGAAAUAUGCUCCGCGCGAGUCCGCAAUGGAAUGCGGUUCGAAGUGGACAUCGUGUCAUGGAUAUUGAUGAAUGCGUUGAAUGGCACCGCGUAUUUUCUGCCCUUCAAUUUUGCCAGUCCCUCAACCAACCCGAGAAAAAAGGAAAUGCAGUGGGAAGAAAUGUUUGG